CAUUUUCUUUUAUCUUCUUCCAUUCUUUUUUCUCCCCACACCACCCCCUUCGCCCCGGUCCCUCGAAAUCCUCUUCUUCUACUUCUGAGCGCAGGUGCAUAUAUACACAGACUUGGGGAGCGAGGAGGGGAAAGAAAUGUGCCUUAUUCUGAUCGAUUUUGAGGUGUUUUGGGUCUUUUCUCGAGGGAAUCUGAGUUGAAGGACCUUCCUUUGACUGCUUCUAGGGAGGAUGGUUGCAUCGUUUUGUUGAGAGGAAAAUAGGCUUUUGGUUCCCGAAGGAUUUGUGCGGAAGGAGAGGCCUUUCAAUAGUAUCGGGUGGAAUUGGGUUGCUCUCCCGGAGGUUGAAGAACCCUAGUUUGACCGGCUCUGGGUUGGUUUAUUUGCUUUCUCCGUUAAUUUUGUUGGUUAGCUUUGUUCUUGCUGGAGAGGGCAUUCUGUUGGAGAGUUCACGAAUUUAAAGGGUGGAGGGAGUCAUCUUUUGCUGAUGCUUUUGAAGAAAGAUCUGUUUCAUUUUUGUUUUUGUUUUGAGGAACUAAGGUGAAAGGUAUUGAUUUCCCUUUAUCGUGAUUUCAUAUUGGCGGUUCUGGGUAAUUGUGAGAGAAGGGGAAAUUUGGUAGCUCCUUUUGAGGUGCAACUGUGCAAGGGGUACUGGUUUGGUAUUUUCUAGCCAUCUUUGGAGAACGGGUGCAAAUUCCUGGGGAAAGAGGCACUUAUCUGCUCCUACUGGAUCUCUGUUUGUGGAGGUUGAAGUGACUGAUGGCGCAAAAUGGAAUUCCUGCAUGGGGGAACUGGGACAGCACUGACAACACCCCAUAUACGCAGAAGUUUGAGAAUGUGAGAAGGACCAAGAAAACAGGUGUUUCUUCCAGCCCAAGUGAUCCUAGACGAAGCCCUGAACCUCCUCGCAAGUCACCUUUGCAUCCAUCCAAAUAUACACCUGAAGCCUUGGACCACAGUCCAAAAUACCAGCCACAUGCAAGUAAGCCUGAACCUGAUCAUCCCCGUCCUAUGGCAUCCCCUCUCCGUGAACCUGUGCCUCGGAGGCAUGCAAAUCCACUGCAUCAACAACACCUGGACCAAGGUGGGUAUGGUAGCCCUUACAGAGCAACUGCUGGGGCAGCCUCUCCAAUGCAAGCAGGGAAUGCAGCAAGGUCAAAGCAUCGUUCUGCUGGAAUGCAGACUCCAGAAAGGAGGGCCUCAUCGGCAGUCCAUGGUCCACUUACUCCUGGAAGGAUCGGAGCAAAGCAAGGAGGCCGAGCCUAUGAGGUCGAUGAUGAAGUCGCAGUACCACCAUUUGGUGGGUGGGAUGAAGGUAAUGCAGCUUCAGGGGAGAACUACACUGGCAUUUUCAACAGGGUGAGGAAUGAUAAGUUGUCCCCCAAUUCUUCUGCCAAGCAGCCAUCAUCUUAUAGUGGCAAACAAGAAAAUAAAGUACAACAGACCUGCCCAUGCUGUAUACUGUGAAAAGAUGAAGAAGAGAUCUCCGGAGAUGGACAACAUUCUUUUCAAGGACAGCAUGCACUGAGCUGUUGCUUUUUGUGCUUGUUGUUGAUGUAUGUAUAUUGUGUGUAGUUUUGAUAUAUUUGAAGUUUGAACAGCUUUAUGUAAAUCUUAUUGUAUUCCCUUUACUUGAAUAUAGGCAUGCAUAUGGGCAUAUGCAGAGAAUGCCAUCUAGCGCUGUAACAUUUCAUAUUUACAGGGUUCUCCUUGUAUUGGAAGCACUUCUCAGGAAAUAUGUACUGUACGAUUAGUUAAUUCAUGAGGAAUAAUAGUAACUUUUAUGCA